AGCUGAGGAGCUUGAACUCCUACAAGCUGGCAUGGGGAGACAAACAGUGUCUCUUCCAGAAGAUGGUGACCAUGCAGAGAUUUCUAGACUUCUGGAAGAAACCUUUCCAAAAAUGGAAUAUCUUUGUGGAGGAUGGCUCUUGCAUAAGGCAACAGGUGGGAGUGGUCGACGAAAGCUCACUGUAAUUCCACCUGAAACAGAAGGAUAUUCUGUCAAAACACUGAAAGCUGUGUCAGGAGGUGGCAAAUCCACUUUUUACAUUGUACCUCUUCAGGAAACAUUAGACACAUCUCCUCUACCUCCCGACUCACAGCACUUUUCAAAGAUGCCAAAGAAGAUAUGUUCCCAGUGUAAUGAAGUUAUGCCUCUGCAGAUGCUUGCAGUACACAUCAAUACGUGCAAAGGAAAAUUCUCUCCUGAUGAGACUGAUGAUGAGGAAUCUGAGUUAUGCAUUGUGAAAAGCAAAUGCAAGGUUAUUUGUCCAAUAUGCACUAAAGACUUUCCUGAAGAUGAAAUCACAGUCCACGCGAGUCUGUGUGGGGAUAGCUUUCAAUGCAUGGUGCCUGAAGAAAAUGACCAAACUACAGGGACACCAGCUCAAACUUCAGUAUGCACAACAGACAGCGUGGAAGAUGUAUUGCGUUGCCUUGAACAACAAGUCGACACCACAACAGAAUUUAAGUUGUGUGUGGACAGAGAAGACCUUCCAGACAGAGGCAUUCUCCAGUGGCAGAGAAAAAAAUCUGCAUCUCCCACCAGUGUUCUUAGGGUGGUUUUCAUUGGAGAGGCAGGCGUGGAUACAGGAGCACUUAGGAAAGAGUUUUUGAGUGACAUGAUUUCAGGUAUUGAAAGCAGAUUCUUUGAAGGACCUGAGAACAAGGGCAAAAACCCCAAGUAUUCUCUGACCGAUCUUGAUAAUGAAAACUUCAGAACUGUUGGUGAAAUAAUUGCAGUCAGCCUCGCUCAAGGAGGCCCAUCUCCUGCCUUUUUCAAAGAAUGGUGCUACAAUUUCCUCUGCUCAGAGAGCAAAGUUGAAGAUGCAGCAGACAUACAGUCUCUGAUGAUGUGGGCUGAUGAAAUUGUCAGCUGUGGAUACACAAACCAGAUAAAGAUGGAUAGUAAGGAAAGCAUGAUACGUGCCAUUGUCUUACACUCUACAACAAGACUGAUUCCAAUGCUACAGCAGCUCAGAAAGGGCAUGGAACUGUAUGGUCUUGUGAACCUGAUGGCUGUAAAUCCUGAAGCUUGCCACAGUUUGUUUGUUCCUGGGAAAAUCCUCAAACCAGACGCUGAUUUCAUUAUGAUGAGCUGCCAACCACAUUUCAGUGAAAAGGGGACAUCUAGGGAGAGAACUGAGAGGAAGAUCAUAAAUUUUUUGCAAGAUUUCUUGCAGGAGAUUGAAGCAUCAGAAAAGACUUCAGAAACAUUUUCAAAUGUCACAGAUGGAAACACAGGUGGUGCAGGUGGUGAAAAUCAGAGUCUCUUGCUGUCCAGCAGCAUGUGCUCCAGUGGAUGA